AUGUUGCUCGACCGCCUGCUGAAGGACACCAGCAUUGGCCCCGAUUUCCAGAGAUGUGAAACAACAGCCUUCAGGCCUGGCAGCCAGAGGGACGAGACCCGGGUGGACGCCGUGUGCACCUACAGGAAGGAGCCCUCGGCUGCAGCCUUGGACAGGGUGGGCCUGUACCACCAAACCCGGGUGGACGCCGUGUGCACCUACAGGAAGGAGCCCUCGGCUGCAGCCUUGGACAGGGUGGGCCUGUACCACCAAGUGAGCAACAAGACCAGAGGCAUCAGCCAGCUGGGCCCCUACAGCUUGGACAAGGACAGCCUCUACGUCAACGGCUACAACGAACAGCCAGUCCUGCCCACUCCCACCCACCCACCACCGACAGCUGCCACCCUCGAGCGUUUCACCGUCAACUUCACCAUCACCAACCUCCCCUACAAUUCUGACCUGGAGAAUCCAGACUCAGCAAGGUUCAAGUCUGCACAGCGUGUUAUGAACUCCUUGCUUGACCGCCUGCUGAAGGACACCAGCAUUGGCCCCGAUUUCCAGGGAUGUCAAACAACAGCCUUCAG